UCGGGCCGGGCUGACGAAGACCGACACGGCGCCCAGGCCCCCUGCCGCGGCGUCCCCGCGGCCCCAGCCCAGGGAGAAGAUGAGCGUGGGCUGUCCCGAGCCCGAAGCGCCCCACUCCCUGCCUUGCUGUGGGCCGGGGGCCGGCGUGCCCCUCCUCACAGAGGACAUGCAAGCACUGACCCUGCGCACACUGGCCGCCAGCGAUGUGACCAAGCACUAUGAGCUUGUCCGGGAGCUGGGCAAAGGGACCUAUGGGAAGGUUGACCUGGUGGCUUACAAGGGCACAGGCACCAAAAUGGCCCUGAAAUUUGUGAACAAGAGUAAGACAAAGCUGAAGAACUUCCUUCGGGAGGUAAGCAUCACCAACAGCCUGUCAUCCAGCCCCUUCAUCAUCAAGAUCUUCGACGUGGUCUUCGAGACUGAGGAAUGCUAUGUCUUUGCCCAGGAGUACGCUCCUGCUGGGGACCUGUUUGACAUCAUCCCUCCUCAGGUCGGGCUCCCGGAGGACACGGUGAAGCGCUGCGUGCAGCAGCUGGGGCUGGCGCUGGACUUCAUGCACAGCCGGCAGCUGGUGCACCGGGACAUCAAGCCCGAGAACGUGCUGCUGUUCGACCGCGAGUGCCGCCGGGUCAAGCUGGCGGACUUCGGCAUGACGCGGCGCGUGGGCUGCCGGGUGAAGCGCGUGAGCGGCACCAUCCCCUACACCGCCCCGGAGGUGUGCCAGGCGGGCCGCGCCGACGGCUUCGCGGUGGACACGGGCGUGGACGUGUGGGCGUUCGGCGUGCUCAUCUUCUGCGUGCUCACGGGCAACUUCCCGUGGGAGGCCGCGUCGGGCGCCGACGCCUUCUUCGAGGAGUUCGUGCGCUGGCAGCGGGGCCGCCUGCCCGGGCUGCCGUCGCAGUGGCGCCGCUUCACCGAGCCCGCGCUGCGCAUGUUCCAGCGGCUGCUGGCCCUGGAGCCCGAGCGGCGCGGGCCCGCCAAGGAGGUCUUCCGCUUCCUCAAGCACGAGCUCACCUCCGAGCUGCGCAGGCGGCCGUCGCACCGUGCGCGCAAGCCGCCCGGGGACCGCCUGCCCGGGCCCCUGCGCCUCGAAGCCCCCGCACCGCUCAAGCGCACUGUGCUCACCGACAGCGGCAGCGGCCCGCGACCCUCGCCGCCCAGUGCAGGGCCCGCGGUGCCCGUGCCCGUGCCGGUGCCAGUGCCCGAGGCCGGCCUGGCUUCCCCCACGCCCCCGGGCAGGACCGACGGCCGCGCGGACAAGAGCAAAGGGCAAGUGGUGCUGGCCACGGCCAUCGAGAUCUGCGUGUGAGCCGCCGGGAGCGGCGCAGCCGCUGCGGGGGAAGCCGCGCCCACUCCAGCCCCUCCUGGGGACGAGGAGCACAAGGUGGCGGUGGCGGGAGGGAGUAGCUUAGACUAGGAGGCCCAGACACCCGUGUCGGUGACGGGCCGGUGACUUAGGUAGCAUAUGGCCGGCCUCAGCCCAGAGGAGAUGAGGCCCCAGACAGAGGCUGGGAGCCGGUGGGCUAGACUCGGAGCUCUGGAACCUGGACGCUCCCGGCGCUUCACACCCCUUCGCAGAUCACCCUACAAUCUCCAUCCGAACCUGGCACAGAAAGGGGGCUUUGGUGUUGGGCAGAUGCGGGCCUGAGACCCUUAGAACAGGCCUUGGGUGGCUAACAGUGAUGUCCAGGAGGUAAGAGGGAGAGGCCAAGCCCCCUAAACGUAGCAGAAGUUUCAUGCAGGAAUAGACCCAGAUAGCUAAUGACAGCCCCGCCACCUCCUGCUGAUGGGGACUUUGAACCCAGGAGGGAGAGCUAUAGCGCAGCCACGAGCCUGUUGGGGACAGUCCAGUAGGCGCCCUCCUGGGAGUAGGGCAGCAGAUGGCAGGGGAACAGGAGGCCCCGAACUCCUGUGUCCCUAGGGCAAGGGAGUCCGAGCACGGCCCAGCUGCUCCUUCACAAGCAGGGAAACGGUUUUGCCGCUUUUUCCUGGGUUUCUGUUGGAGUCAUGUGUGUAAGCCUCGGUCCUAGGCCAGUACCCUUGCAAGAGAGGAGCAUAUCCAUGGAUGGGACAGGUCACUAAUGUGAGAGGAGCAAGUGCGAAGUGUGUCAGGUGACUUGAGUGUCCAGACGCCUCACCAGGCAGCUGCCAAGAGCCAGGCCUGUGUUUCACCACACUCCUCAGGGAAUCCCAGGAGACACCUGCUGUUGGCUCAUGUUCUUAGGCAGCGAGACAGGAAUUCACCCUGCCCCAGCUCUCCUUUGGGACCCCUACCCAAUGUGGAGGCUUGAGGAGGCCCCACAAUAACCUCAACACAGGGAGGCUGCGCCUUCUGCCUGGUACUAUCCAACUGGCCGGCCUGCAUUGCCUCUCCCAGGGUCCCUCCAGAAGUUCUGGGUCAUUCAAGGAGGUUCCAUCUUGGCGCUGGCUGGCUGGCUUCAAGGGGCACCAACCACCUCUCAGCCUGGAAUUCCUCACCCCCACCUCUCUACACGACCACCUUCACUCCCACCACAAAGGGCUAUAGGUCCCCUGCCCUGUCCGAGUCCGGUUUACAAACUGUGGUUGCUCCAGGGCCUGGUCCCAUGCUCCUGGGGUGCCACCACUUCCCUAGUGGACACAGGGCCCACACAUGCCAGGUAAGUAGCAAACCCCUCCUCCUGCCAAGAGCUGAAUCUCAGAAGGCCCCCAUCACUGCCCUGGCCCGCCUGGGCCCAUUAGGCCCUCCUUCCCAGCUGAGACUUCUCCUCUUGCCUUAGGCCUCUCCGCCCUGACCUGCAAUAACAAGGAAGCGAGAUUCCACAGCCGGCAUCCCGCGUCCCAUGUGCGCCCUCUCUGUUGAGAUCCUGUGUGGGAGGCCUCGCCCUUGUAGUACCUAGGAUGGUAGUCCUCAGAAGACUGUAGGUCUGUAGCCCAGCCCCACUGCGUAGAGGCGGCAGCCAGCCUGACCCUGAACAGGACUCACACUGGGUCAGCUCCGCUCUUGCUCACUGGUACUGUCUCUGUCCGUCGGGCUGGGAUCCUUUGCCCCUUAGGAGAGGUGUUGGUUACAGAUGUUUACCUCAGUUUGUCACUGUUGAAGAAACAAAAAACAAAAGAUAAUAAUAGCAAAAAAAAUUAAUAACAUCGUAGACAUGGAGACUUAGACAAAAAAAAAAAAAAUCACAGAAGAAACCUCCCCCUUUGCAAUUUUUCUGUGAAGGUACAGUUUGUUCAUGUACGCACACACACGUGCAUAUCUCCGUCUCCCCCCAGGGCAGGCCAGAUCAUCUACUGACACCUGUCCCAGUCUGUGUGUCCCUCACACUGCCCCUGUCCUUUGGUGCUUCCCAGGGGCCCCUUUGAGCUGGCUUGUGGGUGUAGGGGAGCUCCCUGGAUGGGAAGUGGCGCCUCGGGUUAGCUAGAGGUCCCCCACUAGGUCCUGUGAGCAGCGAGGCUACUACGGCUUGUGACACGCCCUGAGCCCACAGGGCGGUCCUGGUGACUGGCAUCAGUGUCCAAAUCUGGGACAGGGCCUGGGUUGUUCUCAAACCGUAGAGACUCACACUUCUGUCUUGCCUCCCCUACCCCAUGUGUUUGUAAAUACUCUGGCAUCCUUUGGCCCUGAGGAGGUUUUUAAAUGUGUUAUUUACUUCUCUAACUAUGACAAUUGCUAUAAAAUAAAAAUUUAGGA